GCUGCAAUGGAAGCGCCUGUCACGCAGGGCCGCUAUUGAGUCAUAAAGUUCCUUCUGAGCCCAGGUGGCUUUAGUUGUGCGUUCUAGGAACUUUAAUCGUAACUUCUGUUAAACCUGCAGCGCUUGUCACUGUGUUGCCUGCUAUAUGCUGGUCUUCCCCCCCCCAUCCCAUCCUGCGCCUGGCCAGGUAUUCCUCCCCACCCCCAGUGCUCGUGCAGUCCAGGCCCAGUUUGGUGUGCAGGCCCGAGGGGGAAGGCGGUGCCUUUCUCUUCUUCCUCCUCCUCCUCCCAGUGUCCGGGUGCUGAGAAGUUACUAUCCCAUCUCGAAACCAAAGCAAGCGUUCGGUUCUUGCCCCCACCUCCUCCCGUGCCAGUGCCACACUCUUGGUUUAUUCCCGGUUCCUUUGCAGGAAAUGGGACGGGAGCCAUGCCUUAGCGCUAAGCUCACUGCCGGUGCCACGGACCUUUGAAAGAAGCUCCUGUCCGCGCCGAGCUUAGCCUGCGGCCGCCUCUAGUGAAUGAUGGAAUCUGCGGCGGUACGGCCGAGCGCGGACAUCCUCCGCAAGAACCCGCAGCAUGACUUCGAGCUCGUCCAACGGGUUGGCAGCGGCACCUAUGGGGAUGUAUAUAAGGCUAGGAAUCUACAAACUGGAGAAUUGGCUGCUGUCAAGAUUAUUAAACUGGAACAAGGUGAUGAUUUCUCCCUGAUCCAGCAAGAAAUUUUUAUGGUAAAGGAGUGUAAGCAUGCCAACAUUGUGGCUUAUUUUGGCAGCUAUCUUUCACGUGAAAAACUAUGGAUCUGUAUGGAGUACUGUGGCGGCGGCUCACUCCAAGACAUAUAUCAUGUAACGGGGCCACUCACAGAAUGCCAAAUAGCAUACAUGUGCAGAGAGACCUUGCAGGGUCUGGGCUAUUUACACAGUAGGGGGAAAAUGCACAGAGAUAUCAAGGGAGCCAACAUACUUCUUACAGACAAUGGGGAUGUUAAGCUAGCUGACUUUGGUGUGGCAGCCAAAAUAACUGCAACCAUUGCCAAGAGGAAGUCUUUCAUUGGUACACCUUACUGGAUGGCUCCGGAAGUGGCUGCAGUGGAGAAAAAUGGAGGCUAUAACCAGCUUUGUGACAUAUGGGCUGUUGGCAUCACUGCAAUUGAACUGGCAGAGCUGCAGCCUCCAAUGUUUGAUCUGCAUCCUAUGAGAGCGUUAUUUUUAAUGUCAAAGAGUAACUUCCAGCCUCCAAAAUUAAAGGAAAAAAUGAAAUGGUCUCAAAGCUUUCAUAACUUUGUCAAAGUCUCUUUGAUUAAGAAUCCAAAGAAAAGGCCACCCGCAGAGAGACUACUCACUCAUCAAUUUGUAGUACAGCCUGGCCUCUCAAGGAUUGUUGCACAAGAGCUUCUGGACAAGUUUAACAAUCCUGACAGUCAUCACCAUUAUGGUGAGCCUGAUGAUGAUGAUCCCGAGCCUCUUUCCAUGGUUCGACAUACCAUCCGUUCUACAAGCAAAGCUGCAAGAGCUGAGAGGACAGCCUCGGAACUAAAUUUUGACAAACUGCAGUUUGAGCCACCUUUAAGAAAAGAGACUGAAGCCAAUGAAGGAAUGGGUUGCAGCAGAGAGAAUGAUUUUGGAGCUCAGUGGAUCUCCUUUGCCAAUGGUGCCAACAAUGACUCUACAAUGAAAAAAGCUGUACCGCCACCACUCCCCCCCAAGCCUGUGAGAAUGAAUAGCUGCCCAGAUGAGAAUAUGGAUGACAGUGAAAGAUCCAGCACUAUCAAACAUCAACAGGAAAACAGAGCUCCACAAUUUCACAGGAGACAGAGCAGCCCAGGUUGUAAUGGGGACAGUCCAGUACGCAGCCCAAUAGGAGAAGGAGGCAAACCACAGCUUCCCCAGAAGAAAGAAAAGAAAGAUAUUCCUAAAUCAGUAAUAAAUGGGUUGCCACCUACUCCAAAAGUACUGAUGGGAGCAUGUUUCUCCAAAGUGUUUGAUGGUUGUCCCUUGAAAAUAAACUGUGCAACAUCCUGGAUCCACCCAGAUACCAAAGAUCAGUAUAUUAUUUUUGGCAGUGAAGAUGGAAUUUACACAUUAAAUCUUAAUGAACUACAUGAAGCCACAAUGGAGCAGCUGUUUCCUCGGAAGUGCACGUGGCUGUAUAUUAUGAAUAAUAUGUUGAUGUCCUUGUCAGAAGGUAAAACUGUUCAGCUUUAUUCACAUAACCUAGUUGGUCUGUUUGAGCAAGCUAAGAAGCCAGGACUAGCAGCCCAUAUACAGACUCAUCGUUUUCCUGACAAAAUACUGCCAAGAAAGUUUGCCCUCUCUACAAAGAUUCCAGACACAAAAGGCUGCCAUAAGUGUUGUGUUGUAAGAAACCCAUAUACUGGUCACAAGUACCUAUGUGGGGCUCUAGAGUCCAGCAUUGUACUGCUUCAGUGGUAUGAGCCUAUGCAGAAGUUCAUGUUAAUAAAGCACUUUGAUUUCCCUCUUCCAAACCCUCUGAGAGUGUUUGAAAUGCUGGUUAUCCCUGAGCAGGAGUAUCCUUUGGUCUGUGUAGCUGUCAGUAAAGGGGUGGAACCAAAUCAGGUUGUCAGGUUUGAGACCCUCAACCUGAGCUCAGCCUCUUCCUGGUUUACUGACUUGGACUCAGGGAUUUGUCAGCAGCUGGAUGCCAUCCAUGUUACACAGCUUGAGAAAGAUACUGUUUUGGUUUGUCUGGACCAUUAUGUGAAAAUUGUAAACCUUCAGGGGAAACUAAAGUCAAACAGAAAACUAGCAUCUGAACUAAGCUUUGAAUUCCGCAUUGGAUCUGUAGUGUGCCUUCAGGACAGUGUGCUAGCCUUCUGGAAACAUGGCAUGCAGGGCAAGAAUUUCAAAUCCAAUGAGGUUACGCAAGAGAUUUCUGAUGAAUCCAGAGUUUUUCGCUUAUUAGGAUCAGACAGGGUGGUGGUGCUGGAAAGUCGUCCAACAAUGAACCCAACGGCACACAGUAACCUAUACAUCUUGGCUGGCCACGAAAACAGCUACUAGUCCUCUCUUUGUAGCUUGCCAUUAAUGACAUAGGAAUAUAAAUUCCAACAUAAAUGUUCCCUUGCUGGGAUCUGGGCAAGGUGGAUUUUGCUUUGACUGUUAUUUUUAUUCAUUUAUUAGUAUUAUUGGGAAAAGGUUGUGUUUUUAACAAUUUGUGCUGCUGGAAACAGCUACAUUUCCUGUCACCACUGUGUGGUGUUGGUUUUAUUGGUUGCUUAAUAACAAGCUGUGAGAUAAACCCUUUGUAAUGGUUGGUGCCAAAGGUUUGAGGGCACAGCCAUGCUGAAAAUUAAUAAGGGGUGCCUUGAUAUGCUCUGUGGCCUUGCAGUUGUCCCAGGAAAUGCUAAAACCAGAAUGGCACUUUGCUUUGAUAUUUUAUACCUGUCUUGAAUGCUGCAUUGCCACUUACUUCGGCUGGAGUUCAUCUUCCUUGGUAUAGUGUAGAUGUUGCAUCUCAGAGUGCCAAUAAUGCAUUUUUGGAGUCAUUGCUUACAAGAAACAAGGAACACAGGCCUUCAGUUCCUUUUCAGCACAUGCUCCUACGUCUUUAUGUUGAUACAUUAUUUAAAGACAUUUUAUUAGCUUUGAGGGAUAUUGUUUUUCCUUCUUACUCCAGUGUAUGUGCCAUAUCAUAGCCAGCAUAUUGGUACAAGCCCUAUUCCAUAGCUGCACACAAAUUUACCCAGGGAGAUUUACUGCCCCUUUUCUGUCAUAUGCCAAGAAAGUGACACUACACCUCCAUGUUUGUAUGUUUCUAGCCUGAAUUUGCCAUGUUAGACUAUUCUGUAAAAUACAACUUUAUUUAUUAAUCUUUGGCUUGAGAGGGUAACAUAUGUGUAUAGGAAAGGCUUUUGCAGAUUGCAUUUGUAUGUGUUAUUUGUGUGUACAGGAAAGAUAUCAUACAUUUUUUUUUACCCCAGCCAAUGGUUGGUGUACUUUCCUUUGUAAUUCUGCUUUAUCGGUCAGGGUCCUCAGACUCAAAAGGGACAUUAUUUCAGAUUUGGUAGCCCCACUGUUCAUCCCAAUGGACAGACUUUUAGUUGUGUUUUUAAAUGUUCGUACUGCUUCGUGACUAAGACUGAGCUGCCUUUGUGUAAAAGAAUCCUGCCGAAUCAGAGCUUUAGCCAGCCACAUGUAUUAUUAUCAGGAGAUAAUUAUACUAUGCAGCAGAUCAUGGAAGGAAUUUUCUAGCUAUAACAAAGCCACAUCUGCCAUUCCCUAUAAUACACAGAUGAUUCUCAGUCUCAUUUUCAGCUCUCCCUUAUAACAAGGCUAUAUAGUUGCAUUUAUUUCCAAGCAUUCAGCUUGUGGCUUUCCAUGAAUUCGACUCCUAUGUGGUUGAUUCCCUUUUUUUUUAGCAGAUAUGACCGAUUUGCUUUUUGUCUUUGUCUAUUUCGUUAGAGGAAUGUGGCUGGCUGUGAUUCUGUGUUUAGUAUCUGUACAAACUAAAGUGCCUGUUCUCUUUGUGUGUCAAACUGCCUUAAUAAUCAGCAGGAAUUUCAACCUGCUUUCCUUUUUAAUUACAACUGCUUUAGUUGGCUAGGGCUGCUCAAGGUUAUAGUUCAGCAGCAGCCAGAAAGCCCUCGUGUACAGGAUGACUUUGUGCUGCUCAGUGGGAUGUACCUGUUACAUGAAAGUUAGCAUCCAAAGUCUUUCUGAAUGCUCAACAACAGAGUGUGUUCCGUUUACCUUCUGACACCGGGUUUUAUCAUGUGUAACUUGAUUUUCUUAAAUAAGUAAACCUGAAAUAAAAAUCGCUGUCAUAUUCUGAAA